CAGUGUUUUUUUUUUGGUGUGGAGGAAUUGUUGCAAUUAUCUAAUUAUUCUGUAAAGUUUAUCAAUUAAAAUUAAUCCCAAAUAUGUCCUUGCUAACGAAUACACUUAGAACUACACUCAAUAGUAUAACCAAAAUAUGUAAAUCGACAACAACCAGUCUUACACCUUGCGCCACCGGCAUCCUCAUGCCCGCAAGACAGCUCUCAUACGAGGAAAAGAAAGCACGAGGACCUUUAUUGCGGCGUUAUGGCUACAAUGAUCAUCUCUUACAAAAGGGAUUAUUGCCACAUAUGGAUAAUGGCCAAAAGUUGCCCAUGCCAGAUUAUCGUCCCAAAAAUGCAUGGACUACGAAACGUGCAUUGUUUGGUCAAAAUGAUUACAUUGAUAUUUUGGGCAAUGAUCGUCUACAUCCUACAAAAGUCUUGUAUUCAGUACCAUCUUGGUUGCGUGGUGUGUCCGGCAAUGAAUACCAAGUUUUGUUACGAAAACGUAAGAUGCUCUCGAAAACCGUGUUCCCAGUUGCGCGGCCCACCAAAUGGAAACAUUUACAAAAACGUAUUUUAUAUUUGUACAAGUUUUUGAACCGUAAAACAAAAACUGGUUAUUCUAAACAAUAAAUGGGAAUAUUUUAUUUUGUAUGUA